GAAUCCAACACAGCAUGGAACUCCUUAAACUAAUGAUGUUCAAGAGUGACUUUCUGUCCAACGGCAAAUGUGAUGAUCGCGUACCGCCAAUUAAUUUGAGUCAAUUGCCAGAGUUUUUGCUGUCUACGAUCCCAAAGUGCGGCGGCUGCCACGAGUUAAUCCUGGACCGCUUCAUCCUCAAGGUGCUAGAGAGGACGUGGCACGCUAAGUGCCUGCAGUGCAGCGAGUGCCAUGGUCAGCUGAAUGACAAGUGCUUUGCGAGGAAUGGCCAGCUCUUCUAGGAGGACUUCUUCAAACGUUACGGUACAAAGUGUUCCGCUUGUGAUAUGGGCAUCCCGCCCACGCAGGUGGUGCGGCGGGCCCAGGACAACGUCUACCAUCUGCAGUGCUUCCUGUGCGCCAUGUGCUCCCGCACCCUGAACACGGGCGACGAGUUCUACCUGAUGGAGGACCGCAAGCUCAUAUGCAAGCGUGACUACGAGGAGGCCAAGGCAAAAGGUCUCUAUUUGGAUGGCUCCUUGGACGGUGAUCAGCCGAACAAGCGACCCCGCACCACGAUCACCGCCAAGCAGCUGGAGACUCUGAAGACCGCCUACAACAAUAGCCCCAAGCCCGCCCGCCAUGUACGUGAGCAGCUCUCGCAGGACACCGGCUUGGACAUGCGUGUGGUGCAGGUCUGGUUCCAGAACAGGCGGGCCAAGGAGAAACGACAAAAGGACGCUGGCCGCACGCGUUGGAGCCAGUACUUCCGCUCGAUGAAGGGCAACUGCUCGCCACGCACCGACAAAUUCCUUGACAAAGAUGAGCUGAAGGUGGACUAUGACAGUUUCAGUCAUCAUGAUCUAAGCAACGACAGCUACAGUACCGUCAAUUUGGGUCUGGAUGAGGGCGCCUCGCCACAUAGCAUUCGCGGUUCCUACAUGCACGGCAGCUCCAGUCCAUCGCAGUAUCCGCCGAGCAGCCGCUCGCCGCCGCCAGUUGGCCAGGGUCACACUUUUGGCUCCUAUCCGGACAACAUUGUGUACACCAAUAUAGAUCAUGCUGUGGCCUCCAAUCUGCAUGCCAGCAAGUCGCACCAUCGCCUGCAUAGUAGCAACAAUGUCUCGGAUCUGAGCAACGACUCCAGUCCCGAUCAGGGUUAUCCCGAUUUUCCGCCCAGUCCGGAUUCCUGGCUCGGUGAUUCCGGUAGUACCAACAAUACCAGCGCUAAUAAUAACAAUAGCACCAAUAAUGCGAACAACAGCAGCAGCAGCAACAACAACAACAACAGCAGCAGUGCGGGCGGAGGCGGUGGAGGAAGUGGCAAUGUGAGCCUUAAUGCCGCCGCACCCAAUGCUUCAGCGGCAGGCGUACAUUACUGAUACUCAAAUCUGCUUUUGCGUUACUUCGAGAUGCAAUCGCGUAGUCUGCUGCUGGCGGCAUCUGCUGCACAGCAGCAGCAGCAACAUCAGCAGCAUUCGUCGCAUCUGUAGCAGCGACGCCAUCUUGAAAGCUUGCGGCAGCUAUAGCAAAGCUUAACCUUUGAGACAUGUGGCAAUGCUGCAAACACACACACACAACACACCCCCUAUCGUUUAGGUAAUAAGCGUUUUUUGUUUAUUUUUAGUGAGAAGAUAUCCCCCCCAAAAAAAAAACAAUUUGCUCAAAAUCCUUGAUUUUUACUUCGGUAGCUUGAGAUAUAUAUACACCCGACACGGCUUGAAUGUUACUAUCUUUGAACGAUAUAAACAUCACUAUCAUUUACAUUUGUAUCCCCUAUACUUUAAUGUAAAUAUUGUAUAUUUGUGUAUAGUGAAUGGAAACUAAAACUGAAUUUUAAAUUAAUUUAAGUCUGUAUAGCGUAAAACAAAUGCGGGAUAAACGAGAG